GUGGCGGCUUCGGUGCUCCCCGAGCGCGGGCAGAUCGCUGGCGGAAGGCUGGGGCCGGACGGUGGGGUGUGAGCUGCGGCGCGGAUGUCAUGUGGCCUGUGCUUUGGACCGUGGUGCGUACCUAUGCUCCCUAUGUCACCUUUCCCGUGGCCUUCGUGGUUGGGGCUGUGGGCUACCACCUGGAAUGGUUCAUCCGGGGGAAGGAUCCCCAGCCUGUGGAGGAGGAAAAGAGCAUCUCGGAGCGCCGAGAGGACCGCAAGCUGGAUGAGCUGCUAGGCAAGGACCACACCCAAGUCGUGAGCCUUAAGGACAAGCUGGAAUUUGCCCCUAAAGCUGUCCUGAACAGAAACCGCCCGGAGAAGAAUUAAUGGAGGACACAGGGCCCUAUGGGUCCUUCUGUGGGCCAGGACUGGCCCUGCCACCAUGUCGACCCAGCAACCAGAACCCACAUCUGAUUUGCUUUAUUGCUUCUUCUGGCCCC